AAUUUUGCGAGUCGCGUUCGAGAUGGUCCACUUACUCUUUUACCUCGAAAAGUAUAAUACCUUUUGCUCUAAGAGAACCUGGCGAUAAGAUUAAAAGUGGCAACGACAUUUUUUUAACGACGACACGUCCUACCGUCACGGCCUUAUAAGGCCCGAAACUUUGACCAGGCAGUCUUUCAACAAAUCUCGCCUCUGCGGGGACGAGGAAUCGACCCGCACGGCUCUCCAUCUUUAAUUAGCUUUAAGGUCCGAUGUUAACGAUGAAGUCCUUCCUGCCAUUGAUACUUGUUAUAGCGGCUUGCUGGGCAAGCGAUCCUAUUUUCGAUGACGUGCCUCCUGAACUCAUUCAAGAAGUUUCAGGCAACUAUAGAUUACCAGGCGAUGUCGUACCUACCAAUUAUGAGAUCACAUUGGAGCCGAUUUUUGAGUCACCCAAAAAUAAUUUUAGUUUCAAUGGAAAGUCUGUAAUCACUCUCGAAAUUAAAAAUGCUACAAGUACCAUAAAGUUCCAUGCCAAAGAACUUGAAUUCGUUGAGGAGGAUGCUAUUUUAACAUAUGAAGAGACCGACGAAAAAAGCAAAAAAAAAGUAACCAAAACAGCGAAACCAGAAUUUUCUGAUGAUCCGCAAAAGGACUUUGUGAUACUAACUUUUAAAGAUAAAAUUGAAACACAAGAAAAUGCAAAACUAUCUUUGAAUUAUACUGGGAUAUUAAAUGAUGACUUACGUGGAUUCUACAGAAGUUCUUACCAGAAUAAGGACGGAAAAAAGACGUGGCUUGCAACAACUCAGUUUGAACCAGUAGGCGCGAGACAGGCUUUCCCAUGCUGGGACGAACCGGAAUUAAAAGCAACUUUUAAUAUUGCUAUUAAAGUCCCUCAGGGUUACAAAGCAGUUUCAAAUAUGCGCGUAAAGUCUGAUAAAGACGGACUAACAGUUUUCAAUCCGACGCCAAUAAUGUCCACUUACCUCGUAGCUUUUGUAGUCUCGGAUUUCAAGACUAAGGAGAACAAAGACAAAACUUUUGGCGUUUUGGCGAAACCUACGGUAGAAGACAGCGCGAAGGAAUUCGCAUUUGAUUAUGGAUUGCAAACGUUGGAGGAACUGAAGAGUUACACCGGCAUCGAUUAUUACGGAAAAACAGGACAAAGCAUGCAAAAGAUGGAUCAAAUUGCCAUUCCAGACUUUGCGGCUGGUGCUAUGGAAAAUUGGGGUCUUGUGACGUACAGAGAACCUCGACUUCUCUACGUAGUGAAUAAAACAACCACGGCAGACAAGCAGGCUAUAGGGACGGUAAUAGCUCACGAGUUCGCUCAUCAAUGGUUCGGUAAUUUAGUUACUUGCAAAUGGUGGAAUUCUAUCUGGCUAAACGAAGGAUUCGCUACCUUCUUCCAAUAUUACAUUUCUGAUAAAGUUAUUCCAAAAUUGGAUGAGGAUGACGAUUGGCGUCUUAUGGAACAAUUCGUUAUUAAAAAUUUGCAAGCAUCCUCGUUCGUUGUUGAUGCAACUAGUAAAACUCGUCCAUUGAAUCCUGUUGAAACCAGUAUACAAACUCCCGUCCAAAUUAAAAGCUUGUUUGACGACAUUGCCUACAAAAAAGGCGCUUCUAUUCUUAAUAUGAUGAACGGAUUUUUGACGGAAAAAGUCUUCCAGGAAGGACUUAAAGAAUAUCUAAAGAAACACAAGAGCGAGGCCGUUACUUCUGAUGAUCUCUUCAACUCUAUCCAAAAUUCCGAUAAGAAGAAACUGGCAGAUUAUUUGCCGAAAGGUGUUACACUUAAAGAAGUUAUGGACAACUGGGUAAACAAACCUGGAUAUCCUGUUGUCACCGUCACAUGGAACGCGACAUCAGAACAAUUUGAUGUAACACAGGAACGAUUUUUCUUAUUGAAAUCACCGAAAGAAGAUGAGACUCAGUGGUAUGUACCCAUCAAUUUUGUAACGGAAGAGGAUCCGGAAGAAGUGCUGCCCGCGGAUAGAAAAUCUCGCUGGUUGACCGAAAAAGUUAUGUCAAUCGAAAACUUGAACAAGACGAAAUGGAUACUUUUUAAUAAGGAUCAAACAGGAUAUUAUCGUGUAAAUUAUGACAACGAAAACUGGGUGCGUUUAUCGGAGUACUUAUUAACGCUUGAUUACAAAAAUAUAAGCGCGACUAACCGCGCUCAACUGAUCGACGACGCAUUAAAUCUCGCGCGAGCAGGACGCUUGAAGUAUACGACUGCAUUGAAUAUUACGUCGUAUCUGUCAAACGAGAUUGAUUAUAUUCCAUGGUAUGCCGCUGCCAGAGCACUCAAUUAUUUGGACAGCGUAUUACUAGGCGGGAAGAACUACACGGCAUAUCAGAUAUAUGUCGCUAGUAAGACAGCAAAUUUUGUAAAGGAAGCCAACUACGAAAAUCCAGAAAAUGGUACGCAUGUAGAUAAACUUGCCAAAGUGUUGGCAUUAAACACGGCUUGUAGAUAUGAAUUGGAAGACUGCAAAAAGUUCGUUAAUGAGAGGCUCGCAAAAUGGUUGGAACAGAACCCUAAGGACAAUAAACAGAUCCUGGUGCCGGACCUGAGGAGUGGAAUUCUUUGCGCCGGGCUGCGAAACGCAGAAGUAGAUACAUGGAACAAGGCUCUAGAAAAGUACAAGACCAUCCAAGACAAGGAUGAGAAGGCGGACGUUCUGGCCGGUCUUGGUUGCGCCAAGUCCAAAGAAAUUGCCAAUAGAUUCCUCAAGUCAUCUCUUGAGGAGAAUUCUGUCGUCGAUGUUUUCGCUGCGAUGAAUUCGGUAUGUGCGGGUAACCCCGAAUCUUUCGACGUCCUCAUAGAAUUCAUCAAUACUUAUAUCGAAGAUAUCCAAAAGGCAGAUAAGAAAGAUAACUCGCGGCUCAUUAGUCUCCUUAAUAAACUUUCUAGCAGAAUCGUAUCAGCUAAGCAAUUUACAGAGUUGUCGAUACUCGUACAUGGAAAACUGCAGGUGAUCGAUAAAGUUGAGGGAUUAACCGUCGCGAUAGAGAAUCUUGCUUGGAUAAAAAAUUAUCGGGAAGAAGUUGAGAAUUGGAUAGAAGAAAAUUGUAAAGCAUGCCAAAGCAUGCCAGACUCUGCCACUUCCAUUACGUUGGCGUCGUUGCUUCUGAUUGCGUCAUUGUUACUCACACGAUUCUAUUGAAAAGUCAAAUUUAUCGUCGCGUGUGUAAUAUCUUUAUUUGAUCGAGUUAAACUUGAUCAUAUUUUCUCAAUGAAAUCGAUGUCAUAUAUAACACUUUUCCGAUUCUUUCAACAAUAAUUCAAUUGUUGAGACAUUAUCACGUUCGAUUUUGUAAGUGAGAAGAAUGAAGAUGAGAUUGCAGAAAGGUCCUGCAGAGGUAUUAUAUAUUACUUUCCCAAUUUCUCAUAUUUGAAGUCACAACAAAUGCAUAAUAUGGACGCGCAUUUGUUGUAAUUUAUCAGAUAUCAAAGAGGCUUUUGAUAAUGCUGAUAACCAUGUUAUCAUAAUAUUUAACAAAUUAUAGAUUAGAGACCGAAUAUACAGAACCAUCCUGUACUGCGAAAACUUAACACCGUAUAAUUAUGCUGGAAAAUUAUUAAAACGUAUAAUAUAGUUAAAUAUAAUUGUGUGUACGUGGUAUGAUUGUAAAUAUACUGAUUGCUAUUUAUACCACUUAUAUUGUAGCUUAUUUAAUUUAUAAUUAUUUAUGACCGAAAUAAAGAAAGAAAAAAACAUUUUCCGUCAAAUUUUAGCGGAAAGACAAUCGAGUUGAGAUGUUUACAGAGAGAUUAUUUUUAAUUGUUAAAUUAUAAAAAGAAUUU